UCACUUAGCAACUUGCAACACAAAACAACUGAGAGGAGGAGUUCCGAAGUGUGCAUCAUGCGAAUAGAAAACUGAAGGCAUGUGGUGGUGAUACCGGGUACUAUUUCGGCCAGUGCAAAAACGAGUACUAAUUAGGCCUAUUUCUAAAUUAUAAGAUUACAGAAGUCAGUUAUAUUGGAACACAUCGUUACGCAAUGAGUACUGUGAGCCCACCUGCGCCGUUAUCACGGCAACAGGAGAAGGCAGAGCUACAGCAUCUAAAUGAAAGGUACAAAGCCUACAUUGCGAAAGUUCGCAAGAUGCGAGAAGAAGCAAAUAUGGUCGAUUCAUCUGCAUUACUGAAUUCCAUACGGAUGCUUGAAGAUGAAAUCGAGGUCAUUAAAAAUAUGUACGAGAAGGAGCUGAACAAUUUGCGGCACCAACUAGAAGACACAUCGGCUGCCAGAACCAGUGCAGAUACCCAGGCAUACCGCAAUGAAAAGAUGGCCACAGACUUACAAGACAGGUUGUCUGUAGAAAAUCAAAGAUGCAGAGGUUUGAAUGAUGAUUUGGCGAGUAUGCAACGCCUAUGUUCCCAGAAAGAGGUUGACCUGCAAACAUCACAUGCCAACAUUGCAGACUUAACACGCAAACUGCGGGACGUAGAGGAUGAUUAUGCAAGCUUGCAGAGAACGUCUGAUGAUCUUCAACAUGGAUUUGACCAAGAAUGUGUUUUACGGAAAGAGGCCCAAGAUUCGAACCAGAUACUUUUGGGCAAACUUGACUUUCAGAAAAAAGUGAAUGAUGAAGAAAUAGCAGAGUUGAAACACACUUUAGAUGACAAAGCAAAUCACAUUCUGGCUUUGGAGGCUAAGGUGCGAGAGUUGGCCAGGCCUGAUAACACCUUACAAGAGAUGCUGGACAGGGUAAAGCGAGCUGCAGCAGAGGAAUUGCAGAGGUUCAAAGAUGAAUCGGAAGCUGCAUACCAUAGAAAUCUUCAAGAGCUUCGUGAUCAAAUGGAUCUAGAUGCCACCAACAUGGCUCAGCUUGCUGAUGAGAACAAUCGUUUAGUCAAGGAAGUUGACACACUUAACAACAGCAACCAAGAACUUAAAAACAGGGUGUUGGCUGUGGAGCAAAUGAAUAACAGUAUGAAUACGCAAAUGGACAUGGAGAGAGAACGGUCUGCUGUACAUGUACGCGCCCUUGAAGACAAACUCCGCGACAUGCAGGACAGCUUAGUGCAGAAAAUGCGAGAAAUAACGUUAGCGACAGACGGGAAGGCGCCUAUGAGAGCUGAGAUAGAAGCGCUGAAGGUUCUGGUGGAAGAAGAAGAGAACAAAUUGCGUCAUAUACCACCAGCCUCUACCUAUGCACCCACGACUCUGUCAGCUACGAGCACAAACACCUACCUCCCACGACCCAAGACAGUGAGUCCAGUAAGAAGCAGCUAUUUUGAGAAUAAAACAGGCCUAUCAACAAGCUACACUGCGAAAGCAUCAAAGAUUCGGCCUGUGUCUGUGCCUGCAACAAUGGGGCAAGGCAAGGACUACUUUGAUUCCAUAUUUGGAGAUCUACAGAAAAGUACUUUGAUUUAUCCACGCCUGCAUCCAAAGUCUAGUCCACCUGGUGUCUACAGGGUUCCGACAAUGUCACAUGACUACACCACUGCCACAUCAAGUACGACUGGCAACAUCAAAUUCCUGGAGAUAAAUCCUGACGGCCGAUUUGUACGUCUUUUUAACACAUCUGCAGCAUAUGAGGAGGAAGUGGGCGGAUAUAUGAUCCAGCAGAACGUAGGUGGACAUCCAGUCGCUGUCUACAGGUUUCCUCCGCGUACAAAAUUCAGGCCUUCGUCAACCAUUACUAUAUGGGCAGCCUCAAGUUUAGCAAAGCACAAUCCACCGACAGACCUCCUGUGGAAGGAACAACACAAAUGGGGCACUGGCCCAGAAUGCACCACCAUUCUAUGCAAGCCUAAUGGACAAGCAGUGGCUUGGACUACUGCUGCUCAUCGAUUCAGCAAUGUUGCACAGAGCUAUGAUCAGCAGAGUGAUUCAUCCAUUGAUCAGAAUAUUGCCGAUGAUGACAAGAGUGGCGAGUCAAAUCCUAACCCUGCCUUUGAGGUGCAGAUCAAUGGGAGACCAACAACCGUUCUGAGAAGGAAGAAAACAGGACAAUCGUCAUUAUCACCAGCCAAACACCCAACUGGACAGUACCCCCGUAAUUGUACACAUCCGGCCACUGGAGAAGCACGCGUCUGCACAUUAGGAAAUGAUGGAAGUAGCUUGUGCCGUCAGUCUCGAUCCCAGAACUCGAAGCCAGUUCCAGACCGUACGCCUGGUGUUCUUUAUGCUAGUGGGGGAGCUGGUGCCACUCGUACAGGAUCUGCACCUCUACGAAAAUCUUUGAGAACAACACCUAAGAAGAGUGGUACAAUCAGAGUAAGCACUACUCAACCUAAUCCAUUCAUGUCACCGCAUCAUCAGCACUAUGCCAAUAUCAACAAGAUCAACUCAAAUCACCAUGUGACAUUUCAGCCACCUCUGUUUAGGCCUCCGGUUGUAUCAUCUUGGUAAAUCAAUGCCCAGCAACAUGGACUAGCAAUCACAAAUGGUGGAAGCACAAGGUAGCAUGUGUUGACAGCUAGAUGAGCACACUGGGAGUAGGGUAGGAGGGGGAAAUGGGUAUUUUUACUUGACUUGAUGUGUAAGUGAUACAAGAAAGAGAGCAUUGUGAAUACUGACAGAGUGGAGUAAGGAGUGAGAUUUUGAUAGGAGGAGGUAGGAUGUGUGUGUAGGAUAUGGUUGAGAGGAUGUUACAAUAUUUGCUUAUGCUUAAGCUGUCAAAUUAUUAAAAAGUGUUUUAUGCCCAUAUAUAUAGUCAUGAUGGGCCUAUAUAUGGUCAUGAUGUGAUGUCAUCAUGACCAUAUUAAGGAAUGUCACCUGUUUAUUUAGAUAUCACUACAUCUUUAGUCUUUCAAAUUUGUAAAAUACUUCUGGCAUUGCAAUCUAUUUUUAGAAUUUUAGUAAGAUUUUGUUUUGGUUGUAACUGGCAAGCUCUCUGUAAAUGUCUUUAAAUAUGUGGCAUUGAUAACAUUUUUAUUGCUUAGGACAGUAAUUGGAUUCAGAUGGUUUUUUUUUAAACCAGAUUUUUCUUAAAUAGUCUUUUAAAUAUUCAAUAUUUCCCCUUUUACAAAUGAUACUGAAUUAUAAUGAAAUUGAAGACGAAUAUAUAAUUUUUUUUUUUUCUUGUUUAGGUUGCCUUUUUUUUUUUUGCAUUUCCUUAUUAUUUAUAUAUAUGUUGUAUAAUUUAUAUAACUGUUGUAUAAUUUCUUAGAUAAUGUUGGUAAGAAAGGACAAUAACAUGGAUCGCAUGUCAAUUAGUACCAGUAUUUUAAGUAAAAUAGUUUAUGGCCAGUAAAAUAAAAAUCAGCAAAACAAACACAAAUAUAUAGGUUACCAAAUGCCUAUUGCAUACUGUGUUAGAAGCCUGUUGGCGUUGUGUGAGCAUUUGCUCAACGUACUGCCAGUCCGCACACUGUCUGAGCUGGUUAUUGCUGAAAGCAAUCUCUUGCAAGAUGCCUCGUCAUAUUAAUAGCUUAGAGAAUUGCGUUAUCAGUACUUAUGCAUGUUGUGUACCAGACCUAUGCUAUGCUGUGAUCAACGUUGAAAAUAGUAAUGCAAAUAAUAAAGUGUAUAGCAGCUGUGAUAAAAGAAUCAAUCUGUUUUUAACAUUUUGUAAAAUCAUCAAAUAUGUAUAUUUUCUUAUAUUCAAUCGGGCAAGUAAACAUGUAUAUUAUGCAAAAGUUUUAAUGUAAAUUUGAUAAAGAAGCAAAAGACCAAGUGUCGUGAGCUUUUACUUUAUUAUAUUUUAAUGUUAAUAUACCUUGAUAUAAAUUAAUGUGAACAAGCUUAACCAAAGAUUAUUAUUUAGCAUUCAUUUUGAGGUGCAGUG